CCUUCGACCGCAAAAUUGUCAACAAGGCUGCGAUGUUCGCAUCCGCUUUCAAGUCUUUCACAUCCAAUAUCAGCUCCAACUAUGAAAUUUCGAAACAAUCUUCCGCAACUGUCGGGCCAUGGACACUAUUUGAUGCGAAGAAGAAGAGCACAGGUGCUCAAGCAUCUGUCUUUGUCUUCGAACGGAAGUCUCUAGAUAUCAACAGUUCUGGUUUUGGAGCACGUGCAACUAGUUCGACAUCGAUUCGCAAGAUUCAGGAUGAAGUUAUCGAGAGACUAAAAAAGGAGGCCAGCAUCCUUGCCCGUCUGCGCCACCCUUCGGUCCUACAACUGGUAGAGCCAGUGGAAGAGACCCGGAAUGGCGGCCUUAUGUUCGCAACUGAACCAGUCGUGUGUUCAUUAUCUGCGGCUCUUGCUCAGAAAGAUCGCUCUGAAAGCAGAAGUGGUAGCGGCUAUUCGAGGUCUACUUCCGGUCUUGACGCAAACACCUCUAGAGCUCUCCAGGAUAUCGAAAUAGACGAGCUAGAGGUCCAGAAAGGCCUCCUACAGGUUGCCAAAGGAUUGGAAUUUUUGCAUGACUCGGCCAAGUUGGUACAUGGCAAUCUGACACCGGAUGCUAUUAUGAUCAACGCAAAAUCUGAUUGGAAGAUAUCUGGGCUAGGUUUUGCUGGUCCAGCUGAUGGAGCAGAGGGACAUCAAGCAGUCCCACAGAUAUCACUCUCCGAAGUCCUCUACCACGAUUCUCGGCUUCCGCGCAUGGUGCAGCUUGAGCUCGACUAUACCUCCCCUGACUUUGUCCUUGAUUCCAACAUUAAUUUCUCCGCGGACAUCUUCUCACUCGGGCUUGUCAUUCUAGCCUGCUACAGAAAGCCCCAUCGAUCCCCUAUUGAAACGCAUGGGAACCAAUCCACCUAUAGAAAGAUCUUCAACACUCCUUCCAUGCUCCCAUCUGGCUCCAACAAUUACCUCUCCGAAGGUACUUUGCCAAGAGAACUCAAUGUCACACUCCCACGCAUGCUCGCCAGAAGGCCUGCACAACGAUUGACCGCGACAGAGUUUCAACAGUCUGAAUACUUCGAUAACAUCUUGGUCAAUACCAUCAGGUUCCUUGACGCUCUACCUGCGAAGACACCUGCGGAAAAAUCACAGUUCAUGAAAGGCCUCGGUCGAGUCAUGCCUCAAUUUCCACCCUCGGUGCUUGAGAAGAAGAUUCUGAGUGUUCUCCUGGACGAGAUGAAGGACAAAGAAUUGCUGCCGUUGAUCAUGCAGAACAUCUUCCAUAUCAUCAAAGUCAUCCCGUCCGGCAAAGAAGUUGUCUCAGAUAAGAUUCUUCCAAGGAUGAGAGAGAUAUUUCUCUCUAAAGCCAAGUCAGAGGAACGUGACACCAGCAAGGAGGCCGCAUUAUUGGCAGUGCUCAAUAACAUUCAACUCGUUGCCGACAACUGCUCGGCCCGACAAUUCAAGGAGGACGUCUUACCCAUUGUUCAUGUUGCGAUGGAAUCACCAACACAUUCCCUGACCGAUGCAGCUUUGCAGACCUUGCCGGUUGUGUUACCUCUCAUUGACUUUUCCACAGUCAAGCACGACCUCUUCCCUGUGGUCGCCAAUGUUUUCAGCAAAACAAGUAGUCUUGCCAUCAAAGUUCGUGGUCUUGAGGCCCUUGCAGUUCUCUGCGGUGUCUCAAUCCACAAGAUGAACACAAGUGAUGAUGACUUCACGGGCUCAAACCAGCAGGAGAAACCUGACAGGAAUGUUUCUAACCUUGACAAGUUUACCAUGCAGGAAAAAGUAGUUCCGUUACUGAACAACAUAAAAACAAAAGAACCAGCUGUCAUGAUGGCUGCCCUCAAGGUUUUUCGGCAGGUUGGCACAGUUGCUGACACCGACUUCCUGGCCAUUGAAGUAAUGCCUAUUCUAUGGACCUUCUGCCUAGGACCUCUUCUCAACCUCUCCCAGUUCAAGGCUUACAUGGAUGUCAUCAAGUCUCUGACGGCAAAGAUUGAACGUGAGCAGAUGCGCAAAUUGCAAGAAAUGUCUUCCACCCGGCCAGGAGAGUCUCGGACUAGCAUCACGUUCACAAACACUAACACCGGUGCCGUUAGGAACGGCGAGCUCAGUCCAGAAGAGGACUUUGAGAAGCUGGUUCUUGGGGGUAAAGGCACUCAGAGUAAUGAUGUUUUCGCUGGUGCUCUUUCUGAGGGAGAAAGGCUGACUCCUAACCCACCUUCCUUCUCAUGGUCUUCGGCCAACACUCAGACCAAAAGUCCACCCCCUUCAGGUAAUCCCCUUUCAAAUCUCGCCACGUUGCAACCACAGCCUGCGUCUCGAUCUAUCACACCCGAUAUCAGCGCAUCAACAUUCCCGAGUUUGCAGCCCCAACAAUCCUCUUCUUCAAUAUGGGGCGCAUCUUCUGCUCCCAUGGCGAGUCAGCCUCAGGUUCUACAACCGUCAUCACAUAUGUCUCCACGACCUGCACAAUCUAUCGCAUCACCACCGCCGACUUCGAAUAAUGCAUGGCAGCUUCCACCGCCUCCAGGCUCGAGGCCUGGGCAGAAUCCAGGAUGGUCUCCAAGUAUAGCACCUCCACCACAGUCCAAUUUGCAAACAAAUGCCUGGCCACAAAGGCAGCAGCCGAACUAUCAUGUUGGAACGGCAUCGCCGCCUCCUAUUGGAGCCUCAACGAAUAUACUACAACCGCAAACUACCUCUCAACCGUCUGUACAACCAAAGAAGUCGGGCUUGGACAAAUACGAGUCACUGCUAUAAGUUAGUCGUCGGUUGGGAGCAGCAUUUUAGCCGAAUUAGGGCAUUCAGACGAAGACGUCUUGGGAUAGUUGAAUGGUUAAGCUUACUUAAAAUGGCUUCGUGGGUCUCGUUGAAGACAGCAAUAGUUCACAGAGUCACUCCUUCCAAC